GAUGCGUGACGCUUGAAGUAAGGUACAACAGCACAGGGCACUUCCAGACGCACUGCAGAGGUGUGAGGAGGUUAUGUCCAAAAUGUUAAAUUCCAACAUUUUGUGAGGUUACCGGUGCAGUUGGGCUUGUGUCUAAACAUUGCAAGGUUUCAAAAAUCACGAGAUUGUACUGUCACUGACAGCGGUGUUUGUUUGCUUUGUCGUUUCAAAAAGUAGCUUGAUGAGUGUCCAAAGUAACAUUGGAAGUUUGGAGGGGACGCCAUCUUGGUCCUAGCUCUCCACGUCCCCGACAACACCGGGGUUGCUUUCUCAGCAACAUAUCACGGCAGUGGUGAAGGCCAAGGCAGGCACCAUGGAGGAGCUGCACAGCCUGGACCCCCGGAGACAAGAGCUGCUGGAGGCUCGAUUCAUGGGUGGGGUCAGUGGCAGCACUGGGGGCAGCACUGGCAGCACCAGCGGGGGAACCAAAGCCUUGACAAACAAUGAAUGUUCAAAUCAAAGUUUUGGAAGCCUGGGGUCCUCCAGUGACAAGGAGUCAGAGAGCUCAGACGUGAAAAGGGGGAGCUCUCCUGCAUACUUGACUCCUGAAAAGAAACACUCUGAAUCGUCCAGAGGAAGAAAGAGGAAACCCGACACCCAGUCGGAGAACAGCCAAGGGAAGUCUAUUGUGCGAGGACCCAAAAUUAGUGAUUAUUUUGAUGCCAGCUCUGAAAUGAACAAAACCGGACAUAAAGGAGGCUUUCUGUGCCAAUGUUGUUGCCAAGUGGCGGGCAAUGAUGUCACUCACACUGGUGGUCUCUCUCUCCAGUUCCAUGGAGGGAACGGGUCCAGUCCUGUGAGAGGUCUCCCCUCUGUGAUCCGCUCACCUCAGAACUCACAUUCCCACUCUGUGCAGGGUUCCAGUAUUAGGCAAAACAGCUCAUCGCCUACGAGUCUGUCUUUUGGGGAACAUGUGAUGCAUCCAAAGCAGUUGGCAAUCAAAUGUGUGCAGACUGACCUGACGGGGCUCAAGUUGGCUGCCCUGGAGAUGAACAAGAACCUGGACCUUGAGAAAAAAGAAGGCAGAAUUGAUGAUUUGCUUAGAGCGAACUGCGAUCUCAGGAGACAGAUAGACGAACAACAGAAAUUACUUGAAAAGUACAAAGAACGCUUAAAUAAAUGCAUCACCAUGAGCAAGAAGUUGCUCAUAGAAAAGAGCACCCAGGAGAAGCAGGCGUGCCGGGAAAAGAGUAUGCAGGACAGACUACGGUUAGGCCAUUUUACCACUGUGCGACAUGGAGCCUCUUUCACAGAGCAGUGGACCGAUGGCUUUGCCUUCCAAAACCUAGUCAAACAGCAAGAGUGGAUAAACCAACAGAGGGAGGAUAUCGAGAAGCAGAGAAAACUCCUAGCCAAAAGGAAACCCCCAUCGUCCAGCAACUCCCAAGCACCAACCACAAACUCUGAGCCAAAGCAACGCAAAACCAAGGCAGUGAACGGGGCGGAGAAUGAUCCCUUUCUGAAGCCCAGCCUACCUCAGCUGUUGACUCUAGCUGAGUAUCACGAGCAGGAAGAGAUCUACAAACUACGACUCGGGCAUCUCAAAAAGGAAGAAGCAGAAAUCCAGGUGGAGCUGGAGCGUCUGGAGAGAGUGCGGAACCUUCACAUUCGGGAACUUAAGAGAAUAAAUAACGAGGACAGUUCACAAUUCAAAGACCAUCCGACUUUGAAUGAGAGAUAUCUGCUGUUACAUCUUCUGGGAAGAGGAGGCUUUAGUGAAGUUUACAAGGCGUUUGACUUGAUUGAGCAACGCUAUGCUGCUGUGAAAAUUCAUCAGCUGAACAAGAACUGGCGAGAGGAGAAAAAGGAGAAUUAUCACAAACACGCCUGUCGGGAGUACAGAAUACACAAGCAGCUGGACCACCCCAGAAUCGUCAGGCUGUAUGACUACUUCUCACUGGACACAGACACGUUUUGCACAGUUUUGGAAUACUGUGAAGGCAAUGACCUGGACUUCUACUUGAAGCAGCACAAGCUGAUGUCGGAGAAGGAGGCCCGCUCCAUCGUCAUGCAGAUUGUGAAUGCGCUCCGAUACCUGAACGAAAUCAAGCCCCCCAUCAUUCACUAUGACCUCAAGCCGGGUAACAUCCUGCUUGUUGAUGGCACAGCGUGUGGGGAAAUCAAAAUCACAGACUUCGGUUUGUCCAAAAUCAUGGACGACGACAGCUACGGUGCAGAUGGCAUGGACCUGACAUCACAAGGAGCAGGGACUUACUGGUACUUGCCUCCGGAGUGUUUUGUUGUUGGCAAAGAACCUCCAAAGAUUUCCAACAAGGUGGACGUGUGGUCUGUGGGUGUAAUCUUUUUCCAGUGUUUGUAUGGAAGAAAACCGUUCGGCCACAAUCAGUCUCAGCAGGAUAUCCUGCAGGAGAACACAAUACUUAAUGCAACCGAAGUUCAGUUUCCUGUCAAGCCUGUUGCCAGUAAUGAAGCAAAGGCCUUUAUAAGGCGCUGCCUGGCAUACAGGAAGGAGGACCGGUUUGAUGUUCACCAGCUGGGAAGGGAUUCCUACCUGCUUCCUCACAUGAGGAGGUCCAACUCUUCAGGGAACUUGCAGAUGGGUGCUGGUAGCUCAGGACCUGCCGCCUCCAGCAUCAUUUCGUACUGAGGGCUGGUCCUGGACUGACUGAAUUACUGCCUGGCUACCCCAGCCUGCAGACCACCCCCCGUGUGUGGGGUAGCGGAGCUACAUGCCAACUAGUGGUGUACGGGAGGACAAGAGGGGGUCCGUUGGCCAUAGACACUGCAAACUGAAUGAUGUGGAGUUUGGCCUUCGCCUGGACUGUGCUGAGUUUCAAAUGGGUGUUUUCUAAAGACUAAUGAAAGGAUGUUUAAAGAACAUAAGUGAAUGACCUUGUAAAGGUUGAAUAGAGCACUGCUACAGACAAAGUAACUUGAAGAAAUGUGACUGGACACUUGAGUUUGUUUUGCUGGUGGAAGCCUUAUAGGACCUUAGGGAUAACUGGCAGUCUGCCGUUUUAGAAUCGUUAACAUCCUCUUGCAAGGGUGCAAAUGCUUUAGCUGCGAAGAGUUUCCCUUUUCACCAUCAAUUUGGCUGUUUGUUUUUUGUUUUCAGCAAAAGUUUUAGGUUUUAAUGAGUUGUACAAUUAGCUAUGAGAAUGUAAUUUUAGCAUACAAGUGGUAUUGUCAUUUAGGCCCAGGCAGCAUACUAAUGUUGAAUGCACAAAAUAACCAAAUGUAGACAAAUGGCAAUGUACAGAAUAAUAUGCAGGAUGACUUUAAAUAAUUCCUUCAAGAGUAAAUGUAUAUUUGCUGUACAGAAGAUUUUCAGAUUUGGAAUUGCAGCUGUACCAUGGUUUAACUAUUUCCCUUGUACAUUUGUCAUUCAUUUUGCUGCUUUUGAUGUUACUUUUUAAAGGGCUGUAUGAUCCACUUUGGGUACAAUUGUACAGUUCUAUAAAAAGAAUAAAUGAUGACUAUGAUACUAAAUACCAGGAAAUCACACA